CCACAACUACAUUUUCCUCUCCCUCUCAUCAAAUAUGAAUCUCUCACUAUAUUUCUCUUUCUCUCUGCAAUUCUCUUCCUCUCCAACUUCUCGUCAUGGCUACUCGUCAACCCAGUUGGACCGAUGAUGAAGAUAAGAAAUUAGCCAGACUUUGGAUUCUAAUAUCGGAGGAUAGUGCGAUCGGUCGUUAUCAAUCUAAUUCGAUGUUUAUUGCUCGAAUUACAGCCGCAUUCAACAAUGAAGGCACGGGAAUUAAUCAUUCCGAUAGUGGGGUGAAAUCAAGAUGGCAGAAGAUUAACCGUCAUUGUACGGUGUGGAAUGGAGUGUUGAAGAGAGCAAAUGCAUCACCAAUGAGCGGAUCCAAUCAAAGCGACGUGGUAAGUAAAAUUCUUAUAUUUAUUACGUUUAUUCUAAACUUUUUAUUUAAUCAAGUUUAUAAUUACUUACAUUUUUUUGAACUACUUGUCUAGCUUGUUCAUGCUCAUGCUCUAUUCAGAGCUCAAACCAAAACAGAUUUCGAAUUCACAUCAUGUUGGGAAAUACUUGAAAAGUGUCCAAAAUACACGGAACAAUUCCAUGCCCCCGUAUAAGACAUUCCACCAAUGGAUGGAUUUUCAUCAUCCAUGCCAUCUGGAGUUCAAGCAAGUGGUCAUCCUUAUGUGAUCCGUCGUCCCGAAGGUAGAGAUAAGCAAAAGAAGAACAAAAGAGGAGGUGCGGAUGGAAAUUCUACAAUGGAGGCUUUCCAAAAGAUUAUGGAGGAUAUGGCGACAAGUAAUGCAAGACAUGAUGCAAUUGCUGAGUUGAGGGAGGCACGAGAAAAGGCGAGGGAGGAACGCGAGAAGGCAAAGGAAGCAAGGGAAAAGAUUAUGCACGAGGAGAAGAUAAUGAAUAUGGACUUAUCUUAAAUGAGCACUCAAAAUAGAGCAUGGUACCAAAGGCAGAAGGAUGACAUUAUUGCCUCUUACCAAGAGUAUCCAACUUCAAGCCUAGGGGACGAAUCAUAUAGCCCCAUUCCAUGCCACUCGAGAGUCUUCGGGUUUAUGUAUGUUAUAUUGUUGAUUUUUUAUCUUUAAGUAUGGUCUGUUGUUUAAUGUUUAUGUUAAUGUUUAAGUACUUUGAAUUGUUGGUUUGAUGUAUGCUUCAUUUUGGUGUGUAUUUUGAAAUUAUUAAUGGAACUACUUUAUUUAUUAGAGCAUUGCACUUUUGAGCUCAAAAGACAAGAAAAUACAAUAGUCAAAAUACU